CGGGGGCCAGGGCCGCCGAGUGGCCCGCGCAGACCCGCUGCGUCUGGAGCCGGAGCCGGAGCCCAGGCGCCCGGAAGACCCGGGGUUCAGGGCGCAGACCCCUCCCGGGCUGGCUGGGCGCCGGCCUCGCGCUUCCACUCGGUCUUUGACCACCGCCCUCCGCCCGCCCGCGGCCCGGCCCGCCCCGCCCGCGCUCCUGUCCCCGCGGCCCCGGCGCGCCGCUCCUUCCCGGGCCGGCGGGCGGCGAGCUCGGCGGGCGGCGCAGCGGGCGGCAUGGCUGUGUCCUGGAGGAGCUGGCUGGACAACGAAGGGGUUAAACACCUCUGCCUGCUGAUCUGGCUGGCCCUGAACAUCCUGCUUUUCUGGAAAACCUUCCUGCAGUACAACCAAGGGCCAGAGUACCACUACCUCCACCAGAUGUUGGGGCUAGGAUUGUGUCUAAGCAGAGCUUCCGCAUCUGUUCUUAACCUCAACUGCAGCCUCAUCCUGUUACCCAUGUGCCGGACACUCCUGGCUUACCUUCGAGGAUCCCAGAAGGUGCCAAGCAGGAGAACCAGAAGGUUGUUGGAUAAAAGCAGAACAUUCCAUAUCAUCUGUGGUGUUACUAUCUGUAUUUUCUCAGGUGUGCACGUGGCUGCCCACCUGGUGAAUGUCCUCAGUUUCUCAGAGAACUACCGUGAGGAUUUCCUUGAACUGAACGUAGCAAGAUACCGAGACGAGGAUCCUAGAAAACUUCUUUUCACAAGUGUUCCUGGCCUGACAGGCGUCUUAAUGGUAUUGGUGCUGUUCCUGAUGAUUACAGCUUCUACGUACGCUAUCCGAGUUUCUAACUAUGAUAUCUUCUGGUACACUCAUAAUCUCUUCUUUGUCUUCUACAUGCUGCUGAUGUUGCAUGUGUCAGGAGGAUUGUUGAAGUAUCAAACCAAUAUAGAUACCCACCCUCCAGGCUGCAUCGAUCUUAAUGGAACCCGCUACCGGAAUACUCACUUACCUGAAAAUCUCUCAGAAUAUUUUCAUGAAUCUUUUCCUGGAGGGUUUUCAAAACCAGAUGAGGUUACCCGGAACACAUCGGUGAAGAUUUGUCAGGAAGAGCCCAGGUUUCAAGCUAACUUUCCACAGACUUGGCUUUGGAUUUCUGGACCUUUGUGCCUGUAUUGUGCUGAAAGGCUUUACAGGUGCAUCCGGAGUAAUAAGCCAGUCACCAUCAUCUCUGUCAUCAGUCACCCCUCAGAUGUCAUGGAAAUUCGAAUGGUCAAAGAAAAUUUUAAAGCAAGACCUGGCCAGUAUAUUACUCUACAUUGCCCCAGUGUGUCUGCAUUAGAAAACCAUCCAUUUACCCUCACAAUGUGUCCUACGGAAACCAAAGCAACAUUCGGGGUCCAUCUUAAAAUAGUAGGAGACUGGACAGAACGAUUUCGAGAUUUACUACUUCCUCCAUCUAGUCAAGACUCCGAGAUUCUGCCCUUCAUUCAGUCUAGAAAAUAUCCCAAGCUAUAUAUUGAUGGUCCGUUUGGAAGUCCAUUUGAAGAAUCAUUGAACUAUGAGGUUAGCCUCUGCGUGGCUGGAGGCAUUGGAGUAACUCCAUUUGCGUCAAUACUCAACACCUUGCUGGAUGACUGGAAACCUUACAAGCUUAGAAGACUGUAUUUUAUUUGGGUGUGCAGAGACAUCCAGUCCUUCCGUUGGUUUGCAGACUUACUCUGUGUGUUGCAUAAUAAGCUUUGGCAAGAGAACAGACCUGACUAUGUCAACAUCCAGCUGCACCUCAGUCAAACAGAUGGGAUGCAGAAAAUAAUUGGAGAAAAAUAUCAAGCACUGAAUUCAAGACUUUAUAUUGGACGUCCUCAGUGGAAACUUCUGUUUGAUGAAAUAGCAAAAUGUAAUAGAGGGAAAACAGUCGGUGUGUUUUGCUGUGGACCCCGAUCAAUUUCUAAGACUCUCCGUAAACUGAGUAACCAAAACAACUCUUAUGGGACAAGAUUUGAAUACAAUAAAGAAUCUUUCAGCUGAAAACCUGGGAUUUAAAGAAGGAAUGAGUGCAAUUGCUAACACUUUGAAAUUCAAACAGCUAUCCUCUGCCAAAGAGUAGCAAGGCUUUCUUAUUUAUGAUUACUUAACAUGGAAAUGCAGAAAAUGAGGCAAGAUGACAGGUCACAGUACACCAAAGAGGCCCUGAAGAAUAUCUGAUGCGAUGAUUCACUUUUCAAGGCUAGAAUUAAAACUAAUAUUAGAUGCCCACUGUUGAUUUUUAUGGCAGAUUCAAGGACUCCCUAGUGAGGAGCUACGCUUUCUCACUGUGAGGCUGAUAGCCCUGGUCCUCUUUAAAUUGUUUUUGGUUGAACAAAUGGAAGAUUGAAGAAAAUUAAAAAAUUCAUUCAAACUCAAAUUACAUUUUCCACCUAAGAAUAACAGAGUAGCUUUGAUUUAGAAAACCUCCAGGCAAAUAUAUUAGAUGUUUAAAGAUAUAGCAUAAACUCUCUAUUGAUACGGGUAUUUUGUGUCAAUAUCUAAUUUUCCUCACUACUGAGCUAAUACCUCUACUUGAUGUCUUUAGACUUUAUGCUGAAUGAAUCUUUUACAGAUGUUGUAUCUAUUUUUAUAUUCCCCCCUUCUGUCUAGGGAAAUCUUCCCUCCCUUGGCAUGCAUUAGGCAUAAUUAUUUAAUCAGUCAUAUUUACCCUCAAUUUAUUUAAUCAAUUACUGCUGCAUAGUAAUGAGGAAAUAUUAUUACUAUAAAUUAUAAAGGGAUAUAGAUCUAAUAAGUUUUUUUUUCACUUUUCAGCAUUAUGAUCUUUUAUUUUUCAUUACUUCCUCCCCAAGUAUAGUUUGUCUUAGUUUCCAAUUUCUUUUUAAAAAUACAUUUUUAUUGACUUUUAGAGAGAGAUGCAUAGAAAGAUAGAAACAUUGGUGAGAGAGGAACAUCAUCAUCCAUUGGCUGCCACCUGCAUGGCCCUUACUGGGGACCAAGCCUGCAACCUGGGUAUAUUGCCAUGACCAGGAAUAGAACUGGCAACCCUUUGGUUCUUGAGUUGAUGCUCAACCGCUGAGCCACACCCGCCAGGCUUCAGCCUCUUAAGGUACUUUGUUUAUUUGCACUUUGAAACCAAAGGGCAUGAUGUCUGUCAGUGGUCACUGAGAUAGAUACAAGAUCUCUCUCUUGUCACACAUUGGUUAUGUUGAAGAUAUUUAAAGUAUAGUCAAAUCCCUAAUAGGAAAUCUGUAUUUUACUUCCUACACAAGAUGAAAUAUUUCAUUAGUUAUUCAAAUUCAAGUUCAAAAUCCAACAAUAUUAUUGCUGCACCACCUGCUUUCCUGGUCUCCCUAGGGAAUUAUUGAGUUUAAAGUCAUUGUUAGGUUUACUCUGUGUGAUCCUAUCAGUCAGGUUCCCUGGCCAUUAUAUUCCCUCACAGGAAGACUCACUUCACUACCUUAAGAAUGAAGGCAUUUUUACAGUUUAGUGAUUUUUGUUUUGUCAACCUUUAUCAGUUGCUAUCAAAUAUAGCACAUUGCUGAAAUCAGCAGCAUAACUUCUCUUGCCUUUGUUAAAUUUUUGCAUGAUGUAAUGUAAGUUGAUAGAUGCUACUGUCAUUUUUUUUUUUGUUUUUGCUCUGAUCUAAAUAACAAUCAAGCAUGUUGUAUCAUUCAGCAUUGGAUUUCCAUAAACAUGUUACUCACAGAUAUUUCUUCCUCUCCUUGGAAUUCUUUCUUCUCCCUUCUGUGGAAGGUGAGACAGAAAAAGACAUGGGAAAUGUGCAAUGUUCCUGCAGAUUUAGCUCUGAAGACACAGUUAAUAAAUAGUGGAUCUUGGCAACACUUUCUAAGUUAAAAAUUAUUUUCAUGAAAACACAGAACAGAAAGAACCAGUAAAAAUAAAUUUAGUACAGGCUUGAUGUGCAAUACUGACUCUUUACUGAUCGUAAUUUAUUGAUAUAAUUAAUACACCUAAUUAGGUGAUUAUAUUAAUACACCUAAUUUCACUAAAACAUGUGGAAGAUUUUUCAAAGAAAAAAUAAUCUUUUGGAGUGAGUAGGUCUGCUAUUCUAGAUGAGCCUUUUUGCCUAUUUUAAAUUCCAGGUGAUGUUCAAAUGUUGUGUUAACUUAGGUAAUUUUUUGCUUCUGUAGACAGGAAUGCCUGUAGAAGAGAGUUAUUUAUGUUUUGUUUUGAGGGAGCUUUUCUCUCUAGCUAAUUAUUCUCACACAGGUCUUAAAAUAGUAAUUUUAGUGGCAAUAAAUGUUAAAAUUGAAAUGGUAUUCACAAAAUCUCUAUAAAUUUAUCUUCCCAACAAAUAAAGGAGGCAAAGUUUACUCACUAAAUAAUUCAAGUUUCAGAAACAUCAUCUAUUUGAGUGCGAAUCAGCACGAACAGUCUUAGGGAUUUGUGUUCUGGGGCUUGCGAUGUCACUGGCUAAUGGUGUGACUGUGGCAAAUCACUUCUCACUCUAGGACUUCUCAUUUGGACUAGAUCAGUAGUCAAUCUUUUUUUAGAUUAUCUUUUUGAGGCCCUGAUUAAAAAGAAAUAUUCUGACAAACAAUACAAAAUAUACAUACAAUCUUGGGGCCCACAGUCUCCAAAAGCCAGGACCCCUGUCUAGAAACCUCUGAACAAAAGUAACAUUAUAGGUAUUUUAAAACUCUACCUUUGUUUUCUUUUCUUUUCUUUCCAUUUUUUUUUUUUAAGUAACUAUCGAUUUUUAUGGACUAUACUAAGAAAUUAACUCUGUGGGCAGAGAAUCCAAUAGAAUUUUUAAAAAUAUGUUUUUAUUUAUUUCAGAGAAGAAGGGAGAGAGAGAGAGAUAGAAACAUCAAUACUGAGAAAGAAUCAUCGAUUGGCUGCCUCCUGCAUACCCUCCUUCCCUACUGGGGAUGGAGCUCCUAGCCCUCCCUGACCAUGGAAUUGAACUGGGACUCCUGGUUCCUGGGUCUAUGCUCCAUCAUUGAGCAACACUUUUGGGCUCUGCCAUUGCUAUUUCAUCUUCUUGGGUCUCUUGCUUUAUGCAAGGUAAGGCUUUGAUUUUACAUAUGAAUAUUAAUAAUAAUAAUAAAAUAAAAUAAAUUUAUAUGCACACAUUAAUGUGGACCUUAGUUUUUUAAUUUUUAAUUUUUUAAAUUUCAGGUUAAACAUAAAGGAUUGAUAGUUUUUUCAUGUCAUGACUUUAAAUGCUAAUUGGGUGACUGUGAUUAUACAAGCUCUUAAAACAAAGAAAUAAAAGCAGUGUAGACAAAGCAUAGUCUGAAUUGAUUUACUCCAUAUACCCAUGCUAUUUAUAAUUCUCCCUUUACCCCCAGAAAAAAAGCAAAACAAAACAAAACAAAAAACACACUAGUCUUUACUUGGAGCAUUCAAAGCAAGUAAUUGAUUUAAAUUAUAAGGCAUUGUUAAAGAUGCUGGCUAACACAACUGGGCCACCAUCGUCAUCAAUAGAUGAUGCUGAUGCUAAAGUAUGUUCAUUAUAUUGAAAAGAAAAACAAAUAAUAGGUAAGUUUUAUUUUUGUUAAGGGUGGUUAACUCAGCCAAACAGUGAUUUUUUCUAACAGGCCAGUAAGACACAUUUUCAAUGGCUACACCUGGCAAAAGUUCCCUUUUCUUAUGCUGUCUGGAACACUUGCAUAUCCAGUUAAAUUAUAGAAACAUAAAUGCUGAAAUUAGGGGGACUGUUAUUUUGUAGUUGAUGAAACUAAGGCCCAAAGGAAGAUGGUAACUUGCUUCAAGCCAUCCACUGAGCUUGUCACCGAGCUACUUGGAGCUCAGCUUUCCUAGUCUCUGCCACUGAAAGGCUCUUUUUCCUGUCCUAUGGAAUGUACAUCUGUUUAGACACCUGUAGUUCUGUUAGCUUGAAUCUCCCUGUAAACUCUAGUGCUAGCUGGAAAAUAAGGUAGUGAGUGUUAAUUCCAGAUUCAUAGCAGAAAAUCACACUCUUCUUCCCAAUGUAUCUUCUGAUUCUAAAUUCAUUAGUCAUAUAUUCUGCCUACUACCAAUAAAAUCUAUUUUCCUAUAUUAGUUUUAAAACAUGACAGUUGUGCUAAAAAGAUUUUGUUCUUUGGGUCUCUGUUUUGGAAAUUUGUAAUAGUAUAUAGUUUCUAGGAAAAGUUAAUAUUGUCAUUUUUAAAUUGACGUUCAUAGGCAAAAGUCAUAACUUCACCAGCUUUCUAAUCCCCCCAGGGAACUGUUGUUAUUAAAACAGAUGACUGUUGUUCUCUACUCACAUGACCAUACCAUGCUUCUUAUUCAGGAGAAAAGAACCAUCUUUUUGUAAACUAGUGAGACAGGAAAUAAAUGAUGCCAAGCAUAAUGAGUUCUGCAUUUACUUCAACCCCCGGACAGUGAGAAUUCAUUGACUCCUUCUGUCUCAAUCUCCCCUCCAUUACCCCAGCAGCUUUCUCCCAUUCUGCAGUAUUCUCAGAAGACAGAGUUGCAAGGCUAGCUAGAUGAAGUUUUCCAAAGAAAAGACGCAGCAGAAUUUUGAUACUUAGCAAAGGGUCCAUUAAGAGAACUAAAAAAAGGCCAUGUGAAUGAAUUGAGAUUAGCAGAGUU